AUGGGCACAGCUAGGGUUUGCCCGGAGGUUUCUGGAUCUUCGAGAUCGCUUAGCUCCCCGGUCACGGUGUCGACCUCUCGCACAGAAACCGUCAAUGGCUUCCACGAGUUCAAGGUCAGCGGCUACUCUCUCGCCAAAGGCGUUGGGGUCGGCAAAUACGUCACCUCCGAUACGUUCAUGGUCGGCGAUUACUCGUGGUCGAUCUACUUCUACCCAGACGGAAAGAGCCCAGAGGACAACUCGGCUUACGUUUCUCUGUUCAUAGCCCUCGCGAGCGAGGGAGCCGAUGUCAGGGCUCUGUUCGAGCUCACGCUCGUGGAUCAGAGUGGUAAUGGAAAGCACAAGGUCCAUAGCCAUUUCGGAAGAGAACUCGAGAGCGGACCCUAUACUCUCAAGUACCGGGGAAGUAUGUGGGGAUACAAGCGGUUUUUCAAGAGGUCGAGUCUAGAAUCAUCGGACUAUCUGAAGGACAACAGUCUCUUGGUUCGGUGCCGUGUCGGUGUGGUGAAGUCGCGCACGGAGGCGCCGAGGAGUUUCAGCAUCCCAGUCCCAGCUUCUAACUUGGGCCAACAGUUGGGAAAACUUUUGGAAAGUGGGAAAGGUUGUGAUGUUAAUUUUGAAGUCGACGGAGAAACUUUCCCUGCGCACAAGCUGGUUCUUGCAUCGCGUUCACCGGUUUUCAGGGCACAGCUCUUUGGCCCGUUAAGAGAUCGAAAUACUCAACGUAUAGAGAUAAAAGACAUGGAGUCCCCCAUUUUCAAGGUAGAUAUCUACAGUCCAUGGGUUUUACAAAGGAUGUUUCUAUUCACGGAUGUACUAUCCGGGAUCUUCUCCUGGGGCGCUACUUCUGUUCUCGUGUUUUCUCACCCGAGAUAA